ACACUGUGCUCAUGCAGGUGCAUGUCGGGAAUGUUUCAAUGGCGGUGAUCAUUUAAUUUUGAAGUUCUUGAUGUGACUGUGGUAAACAUGUCCGGAAACGGAGAGCAUCUUCAGGUUGUGUUUCUCAUUGAUACACGUUCAUAUAAUAAAAGUAGUGCAUUAAUUAACAACGAUACAAUAGGCCUAACCAAAGCAUUAAGUUUGUCAGCACUUAAGAUUUUGCAAAGUCUCGUUGGCCUGGGCGGCGGAGGCAAAGGAGGAGGAACAGAUGAGCCGCCCCGAGUGAGGUCUGUUCGAUGGGGUUAUAAAUUCUUUGACUCAUUGAGGCCUUGCUCUGGAUACCGUCAUAGAGAUUUUCAUGAUUUUAACCUUACUAAUUUUGAAAAGUUUGAAGAUGAGCUGAGAAAUAAAUUUAAAACCGAAGAAAAUGAAAGCUUUUCUGAUGGUCAUUCAUCUAAAAAACAGUUAAAAAACACAACAGGUUUAGGCCUAAAGGUAUGGAGCCAGGACUUCGCACCAGCAGACCACCUGGCAGUUGCUCUGUGUGAAGUUGCCCAGGACUUUCAGUGGCAAGCACCAGAUAUUAUGUCGCCAUCCAGGAAUACCCGCAGUAGCCUCUCAAAGGGAUCAAGCAAUUCUAGCUCUGUGAACAAGUCAGAUAAGACGAAUUUGACUUUUUUAUUUAUGGCAUGCCCUUGGAAUGGAGAUGACUUGAAAGAGUUUGUGAAGAUGAGGUCCAACCAAAUUACUACAAGUGAUCUUCUGGAAGUGAUUGUACAUGAUGAUGUGCGGACAGACUUUCUUGAAAAGCAUCAUGUAAAGCUGAUUUGGUUUGAUACGAGGAUAGUUAUUUCACAUAAAUUGUGCAAGUGUAACCAGGCAAUCCUUAAAGUUGUGCAAGGCAUGAUGAGAACAAUCAACGGUCACCUCAUACCGCUGAAUGCCAUUUUAAGCAUGGGGUCACAGGUCACCUCCUCCUUGUCAACUAUUCUACAUUCAGCCUCUGUCAAAAAAUCAAAAUCAACACGAAGCCACUCUGUAAGGAAGAAAGGACAACCAAAUUUGGGGUCAAAAUCAGAUGAUAAAAAAUGUGUGAAGAAAUCUGCCAAUAUUUUUGAACACUUCAACACUGUAUCAAAUUGUAUGACAGUGUCGUCUGUAAUGGACUAUUGCUGCUGUAAAGCGCACUUAACAAAGCAGAAUGAAAGUCAAGCAUCAGAGAUUAUUACAACCCUCUAUGUACCUAAAGGUGCCAACUUGGAAGUAUUCUGCUGUUUAAAGAUCACAUCCCUGUCAGCAAAUCCAAAUUUCAGGAAGAUAACUUGUGUUGAAAAAAGUAGCAUUGAACUUAACAAAGCAACAUCUGAUUGCAUAAACGGGGAAGAACGCGAAACAGAACUGAUAGAUGGAAUUAAUACAGUUAUUAAAGGGUCCCUGCCACGGGACCAAAUCCAGCUGCACUGUCUGAAUUCCAAAUUUGUCUAUUCCUGUCUCGGCCUUAAACCCAAGCCUAUGCAAAAUGAGACUAAUCAGAAAGUAGAUGAUGACAACUAUGAGGAACAGCUGUCCAACAGUUUCUCAUCUUUAAUGGAGCAGUUAGCCAGAAACAAUCACAUUUUGGUAUUAGACGUCUCUCACUCAGAAUGGUUAACUAGCCUUUUGGCUAUAAUGGAACCUUUAACAUCCUCUAUGGCGUCACUCAGACUAAUCAGUCUGAAGAAUGCUCCCAACAUGCAGAGUAUAAAGACUGGCAUCUGGUUAAAUAAAGAUACUGAAAAGUGUCAUCAAAGGUUGUUGAAGAGGAAUGAGAAGAUUGAAGAGGAAAUAAUUCCAAAUGAAAGAGCAAUGGAGAACAAGGCAGUCUCUUUUGUGGAUUUGCAAGAACUAGUUGUCAGGCAAUUUCAUCCUUAUCAACUGGAGUUAUGGUACAAAUCAGCUCCAUCAUGUGGUGUCAACUCACAAUAUAUCACUCAACUAACAAGUAGGCAAGGAGCAAACAGCAACAACAUGUCAAGUGCACUUGGAAAGGCCAUGAUGGACCUGAGGGACGUAUACUGCAAAGACCAUGCUGUACUUAGUAAAAGCUCGCUUCCAUUUCCACAUAACAACCCUCAGGCAACCAAAGUGACAAGUGUGGUAUCUAAUCAAGCAGAGCAAAAUAAAAAGAGGUUGACUAGAGCUAAGAGUUUUGGAGGAAGAAGUGCAAGCAGGACUGGAAUCAUACUGGAAAAUAGUAAGAAACUUCAGAAAAACAAAAGUAACGAGUUAGUUUCCAAAGAGGAGGAAGGAAAGAAGGAGCUACCUGCCCAGAAAGACAAAGCUACUGUGAAUAUAAAUGAAAUAUUAGCAGAGUUUUCGAGUUCAGAAGAUCUGUUAAAUCAUUUAAAGAACAGCUAUGGAAAUCAACUUCAACAGGAUUCAUGUCCCUGCCUGUUUGCACAGACUGUUGUUUCCAUUGCCAAACACUUUGUAAAAGUGCAGCAAAAUGAGAAAGAUAAUAUUGAGGAAACUAAGACACUCCUCAAAAACUGCUUAGUAAUGUCAAACAAACAACUUCGGGAGAAGUACCAGAGAGAGGAUCACCAGGCCUCUGUAGAAGAGAGGAUCCGUGAGGUUAUCCUUCAGGUUGUCCUGCAACUUGAAAUGGAAGCUCUGUCACCUACUGACAUCUUGUCAAGCAAGUGUGGAGAGGGAUUCAAAAAGGAAGGAGUGGUGAAUACAAAUGAUGAUGAUGUAUCUAGUGAUGGUGAAGAGAAGGAAAAUGAAUUACCAAGUUGCCUUCAAAAUAUUGUUGAUGAGAUGGUUGCCAUGCUACAAACAAUUCCUUUCCUAGCUGAUCACAACACGUUGACCAUGUUCUUGCAAGAGAAGUUGUUGCCGAAUUAUGCAGAUACUGUCCCAUACAUGCUGGUUGGCAUAUAUGAAGGUCUGAUGCAACCACUUCCCAGCAAACUGUGCUCUCCAAGUACUGAAGACUUAACGAGUGUUCAGCAACCUCCAUCAUCGUCAUUUGGAUCUGUUAGCUCAAUGGAAGCUGCAGGAUCUAUUCCAAGUAAUAGACCGAGGGGAUUGAAGCGUCUGCCUAGUCUGGCCAACAUUCAGACCAGAACUAUAACUGUUGAUCUGAAAAAAAAUGAAAAUAAGCCAAAGGAAUCUGGUGGAAUGCGGGUCAAGAAAAAGCCAGUUGUAGAGGAAGCUAAGAAAGUGAGAAGGAAUCUUUUUAUGGGUGACAGUCUAGACGAUAAAGUUGAAAUCAAAACCAGCUUAUCUCGGAGAAAAUCUGUUGCAGUGAUGCAGACCACCCAAACAUGGAAAAGCCCUCGGAGAGGUAGAGGUUGUUCUAGGUCAGGUGUUAUACUUAAAACCAAAACAGUAAAAGAAACACCUGGCAAACGACAAGUAAUUUCUGCUAUGCUAGACAAGAUGGAAAGAGCAAGACAAAAACAAAAGGCUGGAUCAGAAACUCUUGUGCAAGUAGUCGAAGAAUCGCCAGUAAAACCAGUCCAUAAAACAGCAGGUAUACGUUCAAGUCCUCGUAUUAAAGCAGCAAGCAGCCUUCAUGGAACCAAGUCAUUUUACUCAAAAACUAAUCAUAGACACUCACGAAAUUUGGCCAAAGCUCUAAAUUUGGGUGCCCGCAUUCGAGGAAUAGAAGCAAGUAUGCCGCCUCGCAGAAGUAGGCUUGCUGAACAUUCAUCCAGCAUCCAUGAUAUUCAGGAAUCUGAAGAUUCUAAAAUUUCACAAGAAAGUCCAUCAAAAUUUCUCUUUAGUGAAAUUUUUAGCCCAGAGAAGUUACAGUGUAUUCGUAAAAUACCUUUACUGGGUUCAGAUUCCCCUAGCCACAACACUAGGCAAAAAGUGUCUUUAACUCCAAUUAAGCAGGAUACAGUACCAGAGCCUAUGCUAAAAGCUUCUUGUGUUAAAAAGUCCCUCCUCUUUAGUCCUGUAAAGGUUCAAAAAGACACACUAACAACUGAAUGUCUUUCAAAUGAUGUGCAAUCUGGUUUGUUAAAAUCUCCAUUUAAAAGCCCAAUUGGAACACCAUUGAGAACUCCUAAAAAACGAAAAUGUUUAUCUCAAAGUCCACUUGCGACCAGAUCAGCUGAAAAAUCCAAACAGUUUGAAACGUCUUCCAUGUUUUCUGAAAACCAAGAAAUUAACAUAAAAAAGGAUGACGUGUCAAACAAGAAACCUAACAUCGACAAUAAAAUGCAUGAAUUUCAGAGUACACCACCAUUGAAAAAGAUUGAAUCGCCAUCAAAUGGAAAGCAAUCCAGAAGUAGAAUUUCUCCAAGAGCAAAGUCAGAAACCUUAGAUUAUUGGCCAAGAAAGAAAGUUCGAUCUGGUACACCUUCUCCAACUGCUUACAAAACACCACCUCCAUCAGCAAAAGACAGAAUCUGCACAAGCCCUAGUCCGAUGUGGAUAGAAGCUCACAAACAAUCGCCAACCUUUCAUAAAGUGACCCCAAAGUCUGUAGGAUCGUCUAACAAGAAAUUUUCUCCACGAUCUUCAAACAAACGUGUAACUGAAAAGAGUACAAUAUUUACAAGAAAUAAUUCAAGACAUCAACAGCAGAUAGUCGAAGAAAGACUUCAAAAAGCAUCAAAGUCAAGGAGGAAACUUUCUAUAUCCAGUCAGAAUCAAACAUCAAAUAUUUAUUGUAGUUUUUCCAGUUCUGCAGAAGAAGAAGAACAGGAAGGGGACUUUUUACCGUCAGCCGACCAGUUGUUUACUGAAGACAGAUUUCAUAAUUUAGUUGGGUUAAUUUCAAAUCAAGGCUUAGAUUCAGAUUCGGACCCAGAGAUUGACUUUCCAAAGCAACAAAUACACCUGAAUCAGAAUGAUCAAAUUAGAAAAGAGAACUUGUUAACUCCAAGUUAUGGAUUGAGAAGGAAACGUUCAAAUGAUAGCUGCAACUCAAAUGAGAAACCUUCAAAGGUUUCUAGAAAGAAGACCCCAGAUUUCAGGAAUACUGGCAGUUCAUUUGAAUGUUACCAAAAAGCUACAGAACCAUCUACAAGGUUAAGUGCUCCAGAGGGUUUUCCUAAUGAACCUCAUAACAACUUACAGAUUCCUAUUGGGGAGAUUUCAUCAACAAGUUUAUCAGCAUCUUUCAGAAAGCCUUCUAGAAGAAUGACACAAAAUAUGCCAUCAGCAGCUUCAGGUGGAUCAGCAGUUUCCAGUUGUGCCAAUGACCUUAGUUGCUCUCAAUUUAGUAACUGUUCUUCAUUUGAUGGAGAUGAAGUAUUUACAGAAGACAGCUCUGCACACGAAUGCAGAGACCAAGGCUACAGAAGUCCAAGAGGAAUGCACACACCAAAAUGUAAACACACUCCACUGUCUCUUAGAGGUCUGAGUCAGCUCUUGAGUUCUCCUCUAGUCUCCCCAUCCCAAAGAAAAUCUCUUGGAGGAAAUGAACGGACACGAUUUUCCAGAAGAGGGAGUUCGCUUACAAGUCCAAAGUGAGAACUGGUGUUUUUUAUCAUACGGUAAUUCAUUUGAAGGAAAAGGAUGUUCACAUUUUAUGUAAAAAAAUGAGAGCAUAAAGUAAAAACUGAUUGUGUUAUACAAAUCCCUGUGAACAACAUAUCUAUACAAUGGAGUAUUUGGAGGGUCUUAGUCCGAAUUCAGUGAGCACAUUCAGGUUAAGUUCAGUCCAGAACUACUCCAAUUUGGAAACUCUUUACACAUGGAAAGUUUUGAUAAAGCUAAAUGUAUAUAAAUAAAUAACUGUAUAUCUAUUUUUAAUUUUCACUUCAAAAGUGCAGAUUGUAAUUUGUAUAAUCACCAUAACUUGAGUUCAUUGUUUGCAUUUAAUUUGUUAAUCUCUAUUUUCUUAACUGAAAUUAAAUUUUCUAUCAUUGAUAUCAAA